AUGGCUGCCUCGAAAAUAUCUUCGUGCAUAGCAAUGGCGGUCGCCGCGGCGGCUUCCAUGCCCGCGCUCUCCAACCGCGCCUACGCCGACUCUCCCUUCCGUUUUAAUCCAUUCUCAUCUUCUUCUCCUUCUGCUGAGCCAACGGACCAGAGCUCUAAUGCGCAAUCGGUGCCUGAAGCUGAAGAGCCCAGAGGGUCGGGGAUGGAUCCCGAGGCUUUAGAACGAGCUGCCAAAGCUCUCCGGAAAAUCAAUUCCUCGAAAUACGCCAAGCAGGUCUUUGAUCUGAUGAGGAAGCAGGAACAAACUCGCCUUGCUGAGUCGGAAGCAGAGAAGAAUCAUCAUCAAGCAAUACAAGCUCAAAGUGAUAUUGAAAGGCAGAGGAAAAUGGCUGAGGAACAACGAAAUAUAGUGCAACAACAAGCACAAGCAAAGGCACAAAUGCUUCGUUAUGAAGAUGAACUGGCUAGGAAAAGAUUACAGACAGAUCAUGAAGCCCAGAGGCAGCAUAAUGUUGAGUUGGCUAGGAUGCAAGAAGAGUCCUCUAUGCGAAAAGAGCGAGCAAGACAGGCUACCGAGGAGCAGAUCCAAGCUCAGCAGCGUCAAACCGAGAAAGAGAGAGCUGAAAUAGAACGAGAAACCAUUAGAGUAAAGGCCAUAGCAGAGGCUGAAGGUCGGGCCCAUGAGGCAAAAUUGACUGAGGACCAUAACAGGAGAAUGCUUAUAGAGCGGAUGAAUGGUGAAAAAGAAAAAUGGCUUGCUGCAAUCAAUACAGCUUUUAGUCACAUUGAAGGGGGUUUUAGAACUUUGUUGACUGAUAGGAAUAAGUUGGUUAUGACCGUUGGAGGUGCCACAGCACUGGCCGCAGGUGUUUAUACGACUAGAGAAGGUUCUAGAGUUAUAUGGGGUUAUAUCAACCGGAUACUGGGGCAGCCAUCUCUGAUUCGAGAAUCAUCCAUUGCAAGAUUUCCAGGUUCAGAGAUAAUAUCUAAAGCAAAGAAUAAAGUUUUAAAUUAUAGUGCUGGUGCUGCAGCAUCUGGAUCUCUGCAAGGCAAGAAUGGUCUUUCAAAUAUCAUUCUCCAUCCCUCGUUGCAGAAGAGAAUAGAACUACUUGCUCGAGCUACAGCAAACACUAAGGCUCACCAGGCUCCCUUUCGCAACAUGAUGUUUUAUGGCCCCCCAGGCACUGGUAAAACCAUGGUUGCCAGAGAAAUAGCUCGAAAAUCGGGUUUGGAUUAUGCUAUGAUGACCGGAGGAGAUGUUGCACCCUUAGGCCCACAGGCUGUUACUAAGAUCCAUCAGAUAUUUGAUUGGGCAAAAAAAUCAAACAAAGGUCUACUGCUUUUUAUUGACGAGGCAGAUGCUUUCCUAUGCGAGCGUAACAGUACACACAUGAGCGAAUCUCAGCGUAGUGCUCUAAAUGCAUUGCUCUUCCGAACUGGAGAUCAGUCAAGAGACAUAGUUCUAGUACUUGCCACAAACAGGCCAGGUGAUCUUGACAGUGCUAUCACUGACCGCAUAGAUGAAGUGAUUGAGUUCCCAAUCCCUGGAGAGGAGGAACGAUUUAAACUUUUGAAGCUCUAUUUGAACAAAUACCUUUGUGAUGAAGGUGAAAGCUCUAAGUCAAGCAUUUUUGUGAAGAAGAAGCCACAAAAAAUAGAGAUAAAGGAUUUUUCUGAUGAUUUGAUCCGAGAGGCGGCCCGUAAGACAGAAGGGUUCUCUGGCCGUGAGAUAGCAAAACUCAUGGCCAGUGUCCAAGCAGCUGUGUAUGGGCGCCCAGACUGUGUAUUGGAUUCCCAAUUGUUCAAGGAAAUUGUAGAUUACAAAGUUGCAGAGCACCACCAAAGAAUAAAACUAGCCGCUGAAGGUGGCCAUCCAGCUUAG